UACAACUCAGUAUACCAUAUCUAAUCAUUUACAUGCGAGUCCGUAUAGAGCGAUGCAUUAGAAGAAUUACGAACUUUCAGUUCGGAUUCCUAUAAAAUUUUAAUAAGUAAUAAAGUUCAGUAAAUUGAAAAUAUUUGAUUGUCAUUGGUGUACUACGAAUAAAAAUGCUUAAAGUGAAGUAUUGUCGUACUUGGUGUUCGUUAUUGAAAAACGGUACGGAGAUCUUCGUGGUUGCACUAUUGGUCUUUUGCAUGCAGUUUUAUCAAGUUCUGACUACAGCGGAUGAAGGACCUUUGGUCAUGUUUGUAGAAUCAAAGUUUACAUGUGAAAAUGGCACUUCUAUUAGCGGACGUCAAGUAUGUGAUAGGAUAGGCGAUUGCCCUAAUGACGAAGAUGAACUUGGUUGCGGACACCCUUGUGGACCUCGUGAAUUCCAAUGCAGCGGUCAUGGAACAAAAGCAUGUAUUCCCAAAGAAUUCCAUUGCGAUGGAAAAAUCGACUGCUACGAUAAAACGGAUGAAGUUGGUUGUCUUGUGGUACGCGGCAAAGGCGCGGGCUUAAGCGUCGAAGAAAAACACGAAGGCGAGAGUUUUCAAGUUUCUUGUUUAGUUUAUGGUGAACCUAUCCCGGAGAUAGUAUGGUAUCGGAAUGAGGGACCUGUAUCUAGCAGAUGUACAUCGACCAGGAUCAAAAGGAAAGGAGUAUUGACUUGUCGGAAUAUAAAACUGGAAGAUAGUGGUGCUUACACCUGUGAAGGUAUCAACCCGAAAAAAUUCACUGUGUAUGCCCGUGCUGUUCGUCCUAUACAUACUGUAGUGGUCCGUCCAAAUAAACAUGAAGUAUCUUGUCGAUCCGAUGAAUUCCAAUGCAACGGUGAUGAAACUAAAGCAUGUAUUCCAAAACAAUUCCGCUGCGACGGAGUAAUCGACUGUUACGAUAAAACGGAUGAAGUUGAUUGUUCACCUAACAUCCAUGCUGUGAAGAAAGAGGAACGUGCCAUAAUCAUGGAUGAAGGUGGAACUUUUGAGAUUAAGUGUUUCUUUUAUGGUGAACCUAUCCCAGAGAUAAUGUGGUAUUGGAAUGGUGGUCCUGUUCCCACAAAAUGUUCAUCAACCAGAGUCCACAAAACUGGAGUAUUGACUUGUCCGAAUAUCAAACCAUCAGAUGAAGGUGUUUACAGUUGCAAAGGUAUCGAUUCGAAAAAAUUCACUGUAUAUGCUCGUACGUUAGAUUCCGAUUAUUCGUUGAAGGUUCAUCAAAAGGAACCAGAAGAAACAUGAAGAUUCAUGCAGGAUUCUCAAUUAAAACACACACAUAAUACCUAUACUUGAAUUUCUAGCAUUUAGAUUCUGCAUAAGUAUUAUUAUCAAUCAAGUCUAUCUAUCUAUUCAUUAAUUUUCUUUAUCAUUAUAAGUAACUAUAGGUAACUUACUGUAAAUUAUAAUUCAUCCUCCCCCCUCAUCCAUUUUCCACCCCACUGUAAACCCUCAGGCCCUCAGGUGUGUGUAAGGGGUAAGUGGAGAGAUUAUUUGUUAUUCUCAUAUUAAUCAUCAAAUACACUUUUAUUUCAUUUUUUUUAAAA